AUGACACGUCCACAAACAUCAAACAUGUUCUCGCUUUUGUCCGUAACAAAUGCCAAAGAUCUUAGUAUCAUACCAAUUAUAACAAAUGCGGCUAAUAAUAUCAUUGAAAACUUGAUUAUUUUCUUUUUGGCCUUGUUCAUAUCAUUCUGUGGUGGUAGUUCGAGCAAUAAUAAUAUUGCGCCAGGAGCUCAUCUCAUCUUCGUACCACAACAUCACAAGUCUCUUUAUUAUAUGUUUAAUAAGAAAACUUCAGAUCAAGACCAGUCACAGUCACAGCUCAAUAUAACAGAUUAUAAACCAACCCAUAAGUCUAAGAAAUCACGAUCUCGUCCCCAUCGUUCAACAUCUUCCCAUCCGACGACCAGUUAUUAG